AUGAGCUCGCAUAAGGUCGUCGUCCUUGGAAGUAGUGGUGUCGGAAAAAGUUCAUUUGUCAACGCCGUUUGCAACAGACAUGAUAUAAUUCCUAGUAGUACGGUUGGUUGUGCUGUUUCUGUAAUCGCUCACCAAUAUCGUGCUGGAAGUACCGACGAGCAAACGGAGCUUAUUGAACUCUGGGAUAUCGGUGGUUCCACAGUUCAUCAAAAAGCAUCUGUUAAUUUCUUUGAAGGAGCUACAGGUGCGAUAUUAGUACACGAUUUGAGCAAUAAGAAAAGUGAAUCAAAUCUUUCGCAGUGGGUUGCAUUACUUCGUGGCGAAUCAUCGUUACCUUCUGUGAUCUCAUCGUUCACAUCUUCAUCCAGUUCACGAUUUUUGUUAAGCGAUAUUGAAAGUACCGCAAUGCCGACUUUGAUUGUUGGCUGUAAAUCUGAUUUAGCACCUGAACGAGCUAAGCAGACAGCAUAUGAUCGAAUCUUUUUAAAUUGUCAGCGUCCAAUUUCACCUGGCUCCACUAAUCGAAUUAUCUUAUCGAAAUUUUUUGAUUCAGUUGUUGAGCGUAAAAAAGUGCCUGGAGCUGGAGAUAAGCGACGUAGGACCAUUAUCACUUAG